AUGAGUAGUCCAAAGCGGAGAAUCGAGACCGAUUACGCUCUUGACAGGCAAGAAUUCUAUGUCCGCUUCAAGGGUCCUGAGGAAACACCUUUCUCCGGUGGCCACUGGAAGAUUCACGUUGAGUUACCCGACCAGUACCCGUACAAGAGUCCUAGUAUUGGAUUCGUAAAUCGGAUCUUCCACCCCAAUAUCGACGAGCUUUCCGGAUCGGUUUGCCUGGAUGUCAUCAACCAAACAUGGUCACCAAUGUACGACAUGAUCAACAUCUUCGAGGUCUUCCUUCCACAACUCCUGCGCUAUCCGAACCCAUCGGACCCAUUAAACGGCGAAGCUGCCGCAAUGCUGAUGAGGGAACCUAAGAGUUAUGAGGCCAAGGUGAAGGAAUAUGUGGCAAAAUAUGCUAGCAAAGAGGCCGUCGACGAUGCCGGAGAAGACACAGAAUCCGAAGAUGAACUGAGUUCCGCGGGCAGCUACGAAUCCGGCGGGGAAGAACCAGCCGGUACGAUGGACGAUGUGUAA